AUGGAUUAUUCUACGAUUUUACUUGCUUCUAUUCAGUCAAGCGCACAAGUUAUUCUCGUAUGUAUUACCGGAUACAUAGCAGCAAAACUUGGGAUAAUAAAUUCUUCAUUACAAAAGGGCCUUUCCGGUCUGAUAAUAAAGGUUCUCAUGCCAUGCCUAUUAUUUUCAAGUAUUGCAUCAGACAUCGACUUGGAAACUUUGAUAAAAUUAUGGCCUAUUCCCACUUUAUAUGUGGUAUUUUCCAUACUAAGUGGAUCUCUUGGUGUGCUCGGCGGAAAAGUAUUAAAUCUAACACCGGCAAAGACAAAAUUUGUAAUGACUGGCAUAAUCUUCAAUAACGUAACGAGUUUAUCGUUGGGUUUAUUACAAGGUAUUCAAAAUACUAGCGCAAUUAGAAUCUCAACCAAGGGUGAAGAUGAUGAUACAAAAGAUGCCGUUUCGCGUGGUAUAUCUUACAUAUUGCUUUCUACGCUCUUGGGGAACUUAUCACGGUGGAGCUUAGGAACAUACUUGUUAAAGAAAGAAUCAAACAGGGAUUCUGAUGAGGAAGUUGAUACAAGUUCGGAUUUUGAACGGUCGAUGUCACAACCUUUGCCAACUUAUCACGAUGAUGAGGAACAAUUUACAACCACGGAACGCACCCCUCUAAUUUUCAAAAGGAUUGAAACAGAGAUUGCCCCAGCAUGGAAAAGUUUAUUCAAUUGCGUUCGCAGCAUAUAUAAUUCAAUUAUUGAGAUCAUGAAUCCUCCUUUAUACGCGGCUAUUAUUGCAUUAUUCGUUGGGACUAUUCCGUUUUUAAAAGGAAUUUUCUUUGGCGAUAAUUCACCAUUGUAUGGUACAGUUACGCGUACCAUGGAAACUUUAGGAGACAUAUCUGUGCCUUUAAACCUUCUCACACUUGGAGCUCAAUUAAAGAAUCUUCCGCGUGCUAAAGGACAAGAAAUGCUUCCGGCGAUAUCAUGGGUCAUGAUGUGUCGUUUCGUAAUUAUGCCAAUCAUAGGGGUGACCGUUGUAAUAAUCACAAAGGAUUAUUACCUUAACGACCCUAUGCUCUGGUUUGUAUUGAUGUUGCUCGCGAGUGGACCACCUGCUGUCAAUUGCAUGAAUUUAUCACAAUUAACUGGGUCAUUCCAAGAGGAGAUGGUUGCCUUGUUAUUUUAUUCAUAUGCUGCCGUUGCACCUUUAAUAGCUUUGCUUAUUAUGGCAAUGUUGACCAUUAUAGGCAAGGCUGCUCCAAAGUAA